AUGAAGUUCUCUGUUAUCCUCUCGGCCUUGAUGGUCACUGGCCUCGUCGGUGCUGCUCCCAUCGCCCAACCUGAUUCCAAUGGCAUUGAGAAACCUGGUCCACCUCAGCCUCACCAGCAGGGACAUCCUCCGGGAGGUCGCCCAAAGCGCGAGGAUUCGCACCCACCUCACGACUCGCACCCCGGUCCUCAUGAUGUUCAUCCCAAGCGUGAGGUCGCUGCUACGGAGGACCACAAGCAUCAUGACCCACCGAAACAUGGCGGUCCCCCUCCCCAGGCCCAUGGUGGACAUCCUAAGCGUGAGGAGUCUUCUGCCGAGGAGUCUCAGUACGGCAACCCUCCUCCUCAUGGCGGUAGACCCCAAGGUGGAAAUCCCCAUGGCGGCAACCAGCCUCACGGCGGAAAUCCUAAUGGUGGACAUCCUGAUGGUGGACAUCCUAAUGGUGGACAUCCCAAUGGUGGACAUCCUGAUGGUGGACAUCCCAAUGGUGGACAUCCUGAUGGUGGAAGACCCAACGGCGGAAGACCCAACGGCGGACACCCAAGGCGCGAGGAAUCUUCUACUGAGGAUCGAAAGCACGGCAAGCAGCCUCAUCACGAUGACAAGCCCCACGAGGGAAAACCCCACGGUGGCCACCCCAAGCGCGAGGAUUCAACUGAGACGGAGGCUUCGCGCCCUCCUCCUCCUUCUCCCCACAGAGGAAAGCCCCAGAAUGGUCAUCAUGAUGGUCACCCCAGAGACUGA